CAUUCCACCUUUGUUGACGACCAUCCAGAAUCGGCUGCUUAAAUGUAUCUCAGUAGUCCUUUCAAGAUCUCAUCAUUCAAUGCCAAGACAAUCAGCUUCUGUGAGUCGAGGGCAUAUUACAAUGGUUACCCCCCAAGUAUCAGAACUGAGUGGUUCUGCGCUAGUUCAACUUGCUUUGAGAACCCUUGCUCGUUUUAAUUUCAAGGGCCACGAUCUUCUUGUGUUUGCAAGGGAGUCUGUUGUUGUGUAUUUAGAAGAUGAGGAUGGAGCUACAAGGAAGGAUGCUGCGCUGUGUUGCUGCAAACUAGUAGCAAAUUCUUUCUCGGUGAUCUCUUCUACCCAGUUUAGUCUUAGUAGAAUCAAUUGUGCCAGUGGAAAGCGACGUCGUCGGCUUGUUGAAGAGGUUUGAAUUGCUUUUUCAAUAAAUACUUUUUCAUUGAGGCAUGCCACAUCAGCAGCCUACAAUGUCUCCUUUAUAUAUAUAUAUAUAUUUGAAAAUAUGUCAGAAAUGUCACUACAAUGAACUAUUUUAGAAGUAGAAAAGGUUUUUCUAUUUUAAAAAGAAAAAUAGUGAACAGAAUUAAGACAUUAUUUUCUAAAAGAAUUUGAAAGUGUUAAAAGUACCAAUACAAUAGAAGUAUAUUAGAAGUAGAAAAGGGUUUUCUAAAGAUAGUGAGAGAUUUUAAAUUUUUAAAGUUUUAGAAUAAUUGGUAAAAGAUUUUUAGAUAACUCUAGAUGUUAACUAAAGUUUUUUUUUUGAUAACUACGUCUAUUAGUAAAAAAGUACAUCCAGGCUUACGUUUUAGUGAUGGAAUUCAUAGUUAUUAUUGUUAGAUCUUGAAUUUCAAGAAGGGCAAAAAAUAUCCCUUAAAAAAUGUAAUAGAUUAUUUUUCUUAAAUAUGAUUUACAAUCAUAGUCACAUGAUAGAAAAUACAUCGUUUUCACCCCAAACUAUAUCCUAAAAGUCGAAGGCAGACCUAAACUAUACUAGUAACCUAUUACAUACCUAAACUGAAACUAUUUAACCCUGUCAGGCUACCACCACUUGCAUGUGGUGUAGUGUUUUACACGCGCUGCCACGUUAGCACCACGUCAGUAAAAAGUAUCAUUUUUUAUAGUUAAGGUGUGUAAUAGGUCACUUAUAUAGUUUAGGUGUGGAUUCGAAUUUUCGACUAUAGUUUGGGGUGGAAACGAUGCCUUUUCCCUUAAUGUUUUUAGCUGUUUACUUUUGUUAUUUAAUAGGCUGGACGCGCCUGAAAUAAGUGUAACACACGCGCCUUAGAAUGGGGGUCGCGGGGAGGUAAUAAUAUCACUUUUAUAUAGUUAAGGCGUGUAAUAGGUCACUUAUAUAAUUUAUGUGUGGCUUAGACUUUUCUUGUAUAGUAUGGGGUAGAAAUGAUGUCUUUUCCCUUUAUUUAGUGAUGAUUGAUGAGAGUGCAAUAUUCAAUGGUACCAUAUAAAAAAUUAUGUAUUUAAGUGAGAAAAGAUAGAGAUGUUUGUUGCUUAUUAUCCACCAAGUUUCGAGCCUCGUGAAAUUUACUUUCGAGAUUUUUUAGUUUAUAAAAGAGACACAAAAGCUUAAUUUUUGUGCACAAGUCCAUAGAAUAGAAUAUGAAAAAAAGAGACAUCUAACAAA